AUGAAGGUGUUUUCAUUAAUACAUUAUGGUUUAAUUGAAGAAUAUAAUGAUAAAUUCGUAUCUCUUGUUCGUCGUAUGUUAUACCUGGAAAAAUUAACUUUCUAUUUGCGUAUCGCUUGUCCAAGUGUUUACAUAGAUCCGAUUAAUCUUAUGAAUGAAUUUUCUGUGAACACGCUACGACUUCACUCAUUCAACUUUUAUCUUAGUACGGAAAACAAUAGAAAUGAUUUGGCUCGUUAUUUAUCAAAUAAUAAUGUUAAACAAAAUUAUACGAAUACAAGAUAUCAAGAAGUAUCGAAUAUUGUUUCGUUUUCUGUUAACACAGCUACACAUCAUGCUUUUACGCUUCCUUUUGAGUUUAUCACGCUCCUGGGUAUUGGUAAUAUAUUUCCAAACAUUGUAUUCAAAAAUGUCAGCGAAUUAAGCGUAUAUGAUGUGGUUCCACUUGAACAUGAAUUCUUCUUACGAAUAGCUCAAGCUUUUCCAAUGCUAAAACGCUUCUAUGUUACCGAUCUUUCCCUGCAUUCACAUAAUUCGAAUAAAUCAACUGACAACGUCGAACCACAUCAAAUAGUUGAAUAUCGUCGUCUGACUUUCCUUGACAUUACGAGAGUAGACGCUAAUAUGUAG